UGUGUGUUGGUGUGAUAGUCGCAGUAAAGUGUGUUCGCUUUACACUGAUAACGUGACAACAGUGUAGCUAUUAAAAUGGGUUGUGUGUCGUUUUUGUCCAUACAUUGAAGGACGGAGCUGCAGCUGGAAACAUGAGCCUGCGUGCUUUGUGGAUUAUUUCACACGAGAAGGAUGGAAACGCGUCGAUACGCUUUUCAAGGAGGUUCUCCACUGUGGAGCACCGUGCCAAGUGCCUGGCAGGUUCCUCGUAUGUAGCAGUCCCAGAGGAGAGUGUUGUGCUGCAGCUCCUGCUCACUGAGCUGGGCCUCUCAGACCCAGAGAGGUCUUUUGUGGCUCUCAGAGAUGAUUGUCUUCAUCGCCAGAGGUCGCCAGCUCUGGAGCUGCAUGUGGAUGGUCCUGGAAAGGGAAUACUUUGGCCGAUGUUGGCCAUCUCACAAGGGCCUCUUAUUCUGGCUUGUCUGUGUUUAGUGGAUGCCCCUCUUGAGCCACGGCCACCACUUGCCAACCUCCUUUCUGUCUCUCAGGGCCUGAGUCUCCUGGCAGGCCUGCAGACUUUUCUUUUUGGCUCGGGGAGUAAGCCUGAUAGUGAGGGGAUAGCCUCUCGCCUGGCAAUGCUGCCCUCUAUACUCGUGCAGGUUUGUCCACUCGGUACACCUCUGGAUGUGCCAGUACUGGGGGCCUCCAAUACGCCCACUGUGCCCGUACCUGCUGGGAACCAGAAGCAACCGGCCUGGAAGACGGGCGUCCACCGUGGCCGAGCUGUUGUGAAUGUAGCGCUGAAAGAAACUGUUCGCUCCAUGCAGUAUGGUCAGCGGAGCAGACAGGACCUCUGGGACGUAUAUGGCACAGUGACGUGCAAAUGUGAAGUGGAGGGGGUGCUGCCAAAUGUGACAGUGACUCUUACACUGCCACCUAAUGGCUCUCCACUGCAGGACAUCCUGGUCCAUCCCUGCGUCACCUCGCUGGACUCCAACAUCCUGACCGCCUGCAGUGUUGAUAACUGUGACGGCUCAGCUUUCUCGGGCCCAUACAAAUUUCCCUUCUCGCCACCCCUAGAACCUUUCCGUCUAUGCAGUUACACAUCUCAGGUUCCUGUCCCCCCUAUUCUUGGAUCCUAUCAACUGAGAGAGGAAGAGAACCAGCUGUGUGUGUCGGUAAACCUCAAACUUCACGAGAGUGUCAAGAAUAGUUUUGAGUACUGUGAAGCACACCUGCCAUUCUUUAACAGGGACCUGAUGGGCGCCGUGGAUGUGAAGGUGAGCUCCGGACAGGUGGACGCUUCAAAGGAGAAGAACCUGCUGGUCUGGACCCUCGGACAGAGGUUCCCUAAAUCUCGCGAGGUCACGAUGGAGGGCAGGAUCACCUUUUCUGGGCCAACACCGGGACCUACGGACCCCAUCUGUACACAACUGACAGCUUACGUCAAAUUGUAUUUCAAGGUACCAGACAUAACCCUGUCUGGAUGCUGUGUGGAUCAACAUUCAGUGCAGGUUUAUUCUGCUGCCAAACCACGGAUUGUAACAUCCCGGGAUCUGCAAUCCAAAGAGUAUUUCAUAUGGAAUUCAACUGGCUGCGCUCCAGUGUCCUCUGUGCAGAUGAUGCUGUAGCACGGAUCCAUAAAGAUGAGCGUGGAGAGAAGGUGCACAUUUUCACCAUGUACCUGUGGGACUGAGCAUCUUGUCAUGCAUAUUUACGUGUCCAAACCGGACACGUGGCCUUAAUAAAUGCACUUGUUACCGUCCUCCGUUGGUUUAGAGGUUGAACUUGCUUUCAUUUUUGGAAAGAUCACAGUGCACAUGUGCAGACUUUUGCUUGGAUGGGUGGUUACUUUUAAUAAAAUACCUGCCCCCUUUUUGUGAAACUUCUUUUAACCCCCCCCACCCCUCGAAUUUAUCCUGCUGCAGACACAAGGGCCACCCCUCGCUCUGACAGUCCCACUUCAGUGGCUCUCCAUCAGCCGGAUAAUUAGCAGCUGGGACCUUGUCAUCAGCUGUUGUGGGUCUGGAGGAGACGGGCGGCUGGGCUGUGAAAGGCCAGGCUGCUCUGGCCAGUGUUUUGGCUACAAAAGGCUCCUCUUUUAGAACUGGCAGGAGUCCUUACCCUACCAAUCACUCCCCCCCCACCUAUUUUGACCUCGUCCCUACCCUGUCAACUAGUGGUUAGUUCAAACACACAGCCUCUCCAACCAGACUCUGAUUGAGCAUUGACCCUCUGGCCCCUUUGAGACUUUAAAGGCAGUUGGUCCUAUUCAGUGAGCAGGAGCUGCCUAAUUGGUGAAAAAGUCACAAGGAAGCUAAGGGUUGGGUCACUCUCUUAAGGCUGCAGACGUCCUUUGAGUCAAUUAAUGUAGAACUUUCAAGUAUUUGAUUUGUAUUGUUACACCAUGGUUGUCAGCGUAGGUCUCCCGUGCUGUUUACGUUACAUGUUGACUUAUUUGUAGACUUGAUCUUCCACAGUUCAUUUCAUAUUUUACUCGUACGAUGUCGAGUUAAGUCUAUAAUAAUGAAUAAGCAGUCAGUGAAGGGUUAAAUCAGAGGCCCACUGUUCCACGGCAGCCAGACUCCUCUGAGUGCCCUCAUUGUCUGCUGUUGGCCUCUUGUGGCCCUUGCUGGUCCAAAUGCUACAUUCUCACGUGGAUUUCCACUCUGAAGGCUGACCAUGACCAAUCCUCUGUCAAUUGGAACCAAUUGCUCACACGGCAUCCUCCACCUUCUUUUUAUGUAGCAGUACGCGGUGGCAGACACCAAGACCUCUCGGCUCUCCCCUCCACGAUGAUUUGGCUUUAAGGCCCCGUGUGUUGUGUGUGUGUGUGGCUAGCAAAUUAGAAAAGGAGAAUUUAUUUUUAAAGAGAAGGGCUGUUCUAAAUCUCCUCAGUGUCCCAAUAUGUGGUCAGUCUGGCUCCUCAAGUCUGCAGUCACCGGCCUCUCACUGGCAGAAUUUGCUUUGUUGAUUGAAUGGCUCGCUAAGUAGAUGGGCUCAUUUUAAUGGGCUGCUGCGGUCCAGUGCCUUCUGCUAACACUGCUAGGCCUUUUAAUUCUGCUGUGCUUUUCAGAAUCAAUUUACUUUAUCGUAGUUGUAAACAUGUAUACAAAAGGGAGUACUUUGUUGUUGUUUUUUAAAUGAUAAUUAUAAAGAAAAGAAAAUGUUGUAAAUCACAUUAAUUACAUAACAAGGGUUAGGGUUGGUAUUUUUAUUUUUAUUUUUUAUCAGAACACAUUACCACACACUGCAAUGUAUGGAAGUCAUCAUAAUAAAACCCUCAACUGUU